AUGUUUACUUUAUUCAGAAUAUUAUAUCAAUUUACAACAAAAGAAAGGAACUAACUAUUCCCUCAAUGGAAGAAUCGAAAAAAGACCUCGUUGACUUUGAAUAAAAAAGUCAUUUGAUUUGAAUGAAGUAACUAGUGGUGGCUGAAUGACUAAAACACUUUUUUUACUUAUUGCGAAGCCUAAAAAGAAUAAAGGAAAGUUUUAGAAGUUCGCAAAUUCAAAAAGUCUUAUAUUAAUUUGCCAAUUGUUUACUUGCUGUUUUUUUUUCUGAUGACAAACUAUUAAAAUAUCUUCAAAUGGAUACUGGCUAUAAAAUAUUCAAUUCCACAGAAAUAUGGAAACGAGAAACUAGUUUACCUUCAAUUCCGACGUUUAGUCAAAAACUAGAUAAUAUUUUAGGAACUGAUGGAAUUCCAUUAGGAUCUAUAACUGAAUUACUAGGAUUACCUGGAACAGGUAAAACACAAAUUUGUUUACAACUAUGUGCCGCAGUGCAGGUUCCGGAAGCACUUGGAGGACUGAAUGCAAAGGCCUUGUACAUUGAUACAAACACCAAUUUUGUACUUAAAAGAUUUACAGAAAUUCUCUCAGCAACAUUAACAAAAUGUCAUAAGCUUCUUGAAGAAUGUAACAUGAGUGAAGAAGAAGCAUUGAAAAAUGUACAUUAUGUUGGUGCAUUUGGCUUGGAAAAGUUCUGCGCCUUCAUGUAUCAGUUACCUAAAUUCCUUGCUGAAGAAAAUAAUAUAAGGCUAAUAAUAAUAGAUUCGAUAGCAUUUCCAUUCAAAGAUGGUAUAACAGCAAAACAAAGAACUGGCUUGUUGUUCAGGCAAAUGGCAGAACUGCAGAGACUUGCCGUUGAAAGACAAAUAGCAGUAGUUUUAACAAAUGAGAUGAGUACAAGAGUGGGUCUAUCAAGUGGGGCAGUUGUAGGCGCGCUGGGGGACGCCUGGGCUCAUAGAUGUAAUACUAGACUUCUUCUCUCCGCCCCUGAUGACCCUGCUGGUGAUAGACUGGCAUUGCUACUCAAGAGUAAUAUCUCUCCAGAAGCUGUUGCACCUUUCAAGAUAACAUCAGACGGGAUAAGGGAUGUUAAUUGAAACACAUCUUGAACAUACAUAGUUUUAUUAAUCAAUUGUAAAUAUCAUAAACAAAACUACAGCACCAAUAAAUAUAUCUCAUUUUCACAAAAUAUCAAGCUUUUUAUUCUAAAACCAU